AUGGUAGAUCCAAAUGUACGUACACAUGUACUACAUAAUUUAUUUCCAUUUAUAGGUUACACGCCUUCAUUUUCUUUGUUUUCUCGUUGGAAUGGAACAAAAGCUUCCCAAGUUAAGGGCGAAAAGGGAGAUCCGGGCCUACGUGGACCUAAAGGGGACACCGGAACUGCUGGGAUCAAAGGACAAAACGGGGGCAAUGGUACAUCUGGGGCUGUGGGAUCGAAAGGUGAGACCGGAAUGCAUGGUUUUAAAGGACAGAAAGGGGAAAUUGGACAACACGGGAGUAGCGGACCCGUGGGGCCAAAGGGGGACACGGGGAGACCAGGAGAUAGGGGACAGAAAGGUGACAUUGGAAAUACUGGACCAACGGGUCAGAAAGGGGACAAAGGGAAAGCUGGAGAAGGAGGACAUUCAAAGUCUAGGUCAAUGUCUCCACGUGAUGGAGGCAAUUCAAAGUCAAGGUCAAUGUUUCAGGGUGAAGGACGGUCAUUCAAUUUCAAGGUCUCCAAGUGA